AUGUUCUUUACCACCAAAAUCCCUCAAAUAUCGACGAAACCAUUGUUUAGGACCUUGAAAACGCGUUUAUCUGCUCCUCUUUGUUCUGCAGCACCCAUGACGAAGCGUUCGAAAGGCAAGCAGCCCAAACCAUCAGGUUCUACGCGCCCCAGCAAGGGGUCGCUCGUGGAUAUCGCCGCCUCUACCCUCGAGAAGAUUACGCGAGGCAGCUACGACAUCAAUGGGCACACCUACAACGCCAAGCUUGCGAUCGACGACAUGAACAAACGGACAGCGUUCUACUCUGCCGACUCGAACCUAGCUGAAUGGCGCUCCGAACGACAGGCGCAUUCUGAACCAGAGGGCGCUGAGGCAGACGGUGCUAGUGCGAAAGAGGGGACGGUUAAGAUUGCCGUAUCAGAAUGCUCGAUGCUGGCUGGAGCGAGAGAGUUGAGCGAGCUGGUGGCUUUAGAGGCGGAGAAGGAGAAAGACGUAGAGAAGCGUGUUGGCGUGCUCAAUUUCGCGUCGGCGAAGAACCCCGGAGGCGGUUUCCUCAAGGGAGCUUCGGCUCAGGAAGAGUCCAUCGCCCGCUCGUCAACCCUCUACCCAAGCCUCCUGACCCCUCAGGCGCAACAGUUCUACCACUCCCACCGGAAAGACCCCAAAGAAGGUUACUACUCCCAUGCGAUGAUCUACUCUCCUCACGUCCUGCUCAUCCGCACCGACUCGGGCGACUGGCACUCCCCCGUCCCUGUCGAGAUGGCCACCUCCUGCGCGGUCAACGCGGGCGUCGUCCGGCGGUACCUCCGCCAGCGCCAGCGCGAGGGAGACGAGAGCGAGCUGGACGAGGCGAUGAAGGAGCGCAUGGCGCGUGUCCUAUACCUAUUCGAACGACAUGGGGUACGGAAUUUGGUCCUUGGGAGCUUCGGGACGGGCGUGUUCAGGAAUCGGGUUGAGUUGGUCGCGGAGACGUGGCGCGAGCUGCUGGUAGGGGAGGAGGCGCGGUUCGGGAGGUCGUUUGAUAGGGUGGUGUUUGCGAUUUUGGGGCGUGAGACGUUUGGGACGUUCCAGCGGAUUUUCUCAGAGUUGGAGGACGCCACAGGUGCAGGAGGAGUAAGAGGAGGAAAGGAAAGCCAGGAGGUUGGGACAAAGCUCUAG